CGGAUAAGUUAACCAGUUCAUUACAGCAGUUGCAUUGACCAUAUGUAUAUAUUAUUGUUGAAUAACAAUAGUUUAUUCUGAAAUUAAUAAACGAACUACUUACUACGUGGUUGUAUCAUUAUAGUUGUAUUAUCAUGUUUCAAAUACAAAAUUGAAAACAGCUUAAUAUCUCCCAGGCAUAUUAUUUAUAUAAAAUAUGUACAAACAUAUCAAUACAUAUAUUUCGAAAAUGGUGUACCGAAUAAUAUUGUAACAAAUUCGUAGAUUCGCAUAUAAGACAUAAGCUUAUCUUGAAGAAAUUAUAGCAAUCAUUCGUUUAUUACAAUUUCUCGAUUUUGCAUUCAGACAACUCGUUUUGGAACUCAUGAAUAACCCUGUGGUGUGGGCAUCCAAGCAUGGAAGCGUCAGUCGGAAAAUAUUCCGGAUGCGUUUUAGUGUGUUUAGCAGGCGCAGAGCGUGUUAAUGGUGGACGAUUUACAUUAUCAUAUAGCUAAGUAUUUAUAUCAAAUUAUCUAUCUAAUUGUGAAGACUAGGAAUUAGUCUCGCGACAGGCCAGCAAUAUGCCGAUCCAGUGUUCUCUUCCAGACAUCGUUAUACCCGAUAAAUCAUUGUCUGAAGUAGUACUAGAAAGAAUGCUUGGAUACGGGGAUGCUGUAGCUAUGGUGGAUAACACACUCGACGGGAAAGAAUUCACGUUCAACGAGUUUCGAGACAAAAUUCGUUGCUGUGCUGGAUCUUUAAACAAACAGGGUUUGAAACAAGGAGACACUGUAGGUCUUUGCGCACCAACUUGCUUAGAAUUCCCUGUUGCAAUGUUUGGAAUUUUGUCAUGCGGCGCAAAAGUAGCUCCAUGCAAUCCAGAAUAUACUAAAGGUGAAAUAAUACAACAAUUCAAAAUUUCCGAACCAAAUAUGGUGUUUGUUAACGAAGGUAAUGUUGAGUUGAUGAAAGAAGUGCUGAAGGAACUUUCAUACGUCGAGAAACUUUUUGUCAUUGGACGCAGUGAAGAAUUUUCUACUUUGAAUGAUAUGCUUCUACCAGAGAACGAGAAGGAUUUUCCUCAAAAUGUUGAAAUAAAUCCCAGCGAGGAUGUUUGCAUGUUACCUCAUUCCAGUGGAACUACAGGUUUGCCCAAAAGUGUAAUGUUAACUCAUACAAAUCUCGUUGCUUGUAGUUUGAUUGGAGGGUAUGUUCUCUCGAUACUACUGGCAAAGACAGACGAAUAUUUCAAAUACGAUACUUCAUCCUUGAAACUCAUUCCUUGUGGAGGAGCCUCUUUAUCAGAGCCAAUAAUGAACGCCUUAAAAGAGCGUUAUAAAGUUAAAAUAGCUCCAAUGUACGGAAUGACAGAAUGUUCUCCUAUAUCUAUAAAUAACGACGCCGAGAAUUUUUUAUCGUCUGUUGGAUCAGCGGCACCAAAUACUAUAGUAAAGGUUGUAGAUCUGACCACUGGCGACGAACUUGGUUGUGAUCAAAAUGGAGAAAUCAUGACUAAAGGCCCACAAGUUAUGAAAGGAUAUAUGAGAAAUCCCGAAGCAACCGAUCUGACAAUAGAUAAAGAUGGGUGGAUACACACAGGAGAUAUUGGUUACUACGAUAAAAACGGAAUGUUAUAUGUCAUUGACCGUUUAAAAGAAGUCAUAAAAUACAAAACUCAUCAGGUGCCACCUGCGGAAUUAGAAAGCUUAAUUUUGAAACAUCCAAAGGUUGCCGAUGUGGGUGUAAUUGGAAUACCGGAUGACUUUGCAGGCGAAGUACCAAAAGCCUAUGUCGUGCGAAAAGACGAAACACUCUCCAAGGACGAAAUUAUAGAGUUUGUAAAAAGUAAUUUGGUCGAAUACAAACAUUUGAGAGGCGGAGUGGAUUUUAUUGAAGCUAUUCCAAAAUCUGCUGGGAAAAUACGUCGGAGAGAGUUGAAAAAACUCGCAGGAUUUUAAUUUCUGAAUGCUGCUCCUUUGAAACUAAACUUGCAUUUGGGUAUAAAAUUGGAUAUUUUUUGUGUGACUUAUAAACAGCUUGGUUUUACACGCUAUACCUGGAAAAUGUUGGACUUUCUAUUCAUUAAUUUGUUUAAUAGAUUGACUUAGACAUGAUGUUUAUUUGAAGAUUGAUUAUAUAUUCAACGCCAAGAGAGACGGACGAUCUAGGUCGAAACCUCUUAUUUUGUGUUGGUUCUUCGGGAAAAAUAAAUGAUAUUUGAAA